AGGUCGCCUGUCGAUGGACCGUGACUUCUCCACCUGAUCAUUUUUGCUCGUCUUCUUCCAUCAGAACUUCGGAACGAGGCAUGGCAGAAGGAACAGUGCUGCUUCGUAACUCUUUCUUCUACUGAGGUUUCAAAGCCUUCUCCUAUUUACAUUUCUGAACUCUGGUUUUUCGGGUUGUCGAUGGCUUCCGGCGGUUCUUCGAGGCGCCCGAUGUCAUCGGAGUCUAGAUCCUUUGAGUUCGGCUCCGAUGAACUCUUGUUUUCAUAUGACGACUACACCUCGCAUAAGGAUCAGUCGGCGAACGCAAAGCGAUCGGAGUCCACGGCGAAGGAGCUUCAUGAGAACAGAGUUGGGAGGCCAUUUGCUACUGUCUAUGGACAUUCAGAGGAUUUUCCAAGAGAUGAUGUAAUAUCUGCUGUUGAAAUUUGCAUGAAAAAACAUGCUGACAACCUUAUGAGGAAUCUUGAGGAAAUCAUUGGAAGGUUGACUCAGUUGGAGUUAUUUUGUUACAAGCUUGAGCGAUCAGUGGGUGAAUUUCGAACUGACAUGAUUCAUGGUCAAAGUGAAGCAGAUAUGAAGCUCAAGUCACUUGAGAAGCAUGUUCUUGAAGUUCAAAGAUCUGUUCAGGUUAUCAGAGACAAGCAAGACCUCGCCGAUGCCCACAAGGAGCUCACCAAACUUCAUCUCUCCCAAAAGGAAACUGAGGAUGUUACCGCAGCAAUAUCCGACACUAAACCUCAGAAUGAUAACAAUGACAUGUCAAACCUGCAGUUAACUCUCGCUCUUCCCAACCAAUCCUCCUCCCCACACCCCAUCAAAGUUCCUGAUCAAAGCCCACCGCUCAAAGAACCACCAUUACAGCACCCUCCACCCGCAUCCGAUCAAUACAUUCAAAAUCAUGCAACCACAUACUACACUCACCACCAACCUCCUCUACCAAAUGAUCAUCAUAUCCAGCAUCUCCAACCCGAGCUACAUUACACACCACAAAAAGCUCAAGUCCAAAAUCAUUCUCACCAACCGCCGCCGCAGCAGCAACCCCCGUUCUCUCAGUACCAGCAGCAAUGGCCUCAGCCAAUGCUGCCUCAACCAUCCUCUUCUCAAAGCCAAGUUCCAAGGCCACAAACUCUGCCCUCAUAUCCCACAUAUACCGCUUAUAAUCAAUCUUCCAUCACUGAAUCAUUCCAAAGCAGCAGCAUUCCGCCCCCCGCGCCAUACCCGAUGCCGCAACCAAUCGGAUACGGAGUCACUGGCAGCGGCAUUUCCCAUCCACCGCCUCAGCAUAUUAUCCAGCGGCACACGUCACCGCCGCCGCCGCCGCUUGUGAAGAGCAGUUUUAUCGGAUCCAAUCCCUAUCCACCUCAGCCGAACAUCCAAGCUUAUACUUCAGGCUUUGCCAUUGAUGGAAGCAGAGCAUCUCAUCCACAGAACUAUCAGACAAACAUGAACAGGCCCCCUACUCCGCAGAUUUUGCGCAAUCACCCCUACGGGGAGAUGAUUGAAAAGGCUGUUAAUAUGGGUUAUUUAAGAGACCAUGUGGUUAGUGUUGUGAAACUACUGGGAGAGACAGGUCAGCCUUUUGAUUUCAACGCUUUGCUUGAUGAGCUGAAUAAUGGAGGUCCUCCUCGGGCCUGGUCUCGCUAGAGGUGGCGUUUUAUUUAGUAAUUAUUGGUUCGAGUCGUCUUAUUUUGUAAAUAUUUAAUUUGAAAUGUUGUUUUUUGUUAAAAUAAUAUUUUCCAUGUUGGUUGGGAUGUAUGUGUGAGAAAAAACUCAUAAUUACAUUAUUAAGUUGUAAAUGCAAAUGAGUUAAUGUGAUGUUGAA